AUGUGUCAGACCGGAGGCCAGGACAACUGCAACAUCGCCUGCACCGCAGACAACGUCCUGACCGACUCCAAAAAGGCUCACAUCCGUGACACCCUCAUCCCGGCCGCUACCGCCUACCUCACUUCGGCCCUCGAUGUCAUCUCUGUCUCGGGCAACCUGCGCGUCGGCUCCGACAACGAGUGCACCAUCCGCGACCCGCUCACCAUCCCGCCGCAGUACCUCGACUCGGGCGCAGGCGUCGCCGCCGACAUCAUCCUCAUGGUCUCCGCCCGCCCCACCGCAGGCACUCUGCUCGCCUUUGCCGGCGCCUGCAAGGUCGACCAGUACAACCGCCCCAUCGUCGCCAACAUCAACUUUGGCCCCUCGAACCUCAAGCCGCAGACCCCGGUCGACCCGUCAGAGCUCGGCACCGCCAUCCAUGAGCUCGUCCACGGCCUCGGCUUCACAGCCACCGGCAAGACCGGCUUUGCCAAGUUCCUCGACCUCGCCACAAACACCACACGCCCAGAGGCCCAGGUCAUCGGCGCCACCGUCACCGUCGGCUCCACAAACUCCUACUCUUACGACGCCAUCAACACCACCGCCGCACUCGCAGAGGCCCGCGCUCACUUUGGCUGCAACUCCCUCGCCGGCGUCCCGCUCGAGCAGCAGGGUGGCUUAGGCACCGCUCGCUCACACUGGGAGAAGCGCGUCUUUUGGAACGAGCUCAUGACCGGCACAUCCUCCGCUGACCCGCGCGUCUCGCGCAUCACCCUCGCCCUCCUGCAGGACUCGGGCUGGUACACCGCAAACUUCGACGCCGCCCAAAAGUUCUCCUUUGGCAAGGGCAAGGGCUGCUCCUUCAUCGACAACAAGUGCGUCGCCGGCUCCUGGCCCGCAAACUACAUUUGCUCCACAGACAAGGUCCGCUCCUGCAACUUUGAUCGCUCCGCUCGCUCGCAGUGCCAGCUCGUCGAGUACUCCUCCGGCGGCCCCGCCGCAGACAUGCAGUACUUUUCAAACCCCAACCUCGGCGGCGCAGACUCGCUCGCUGACUUUUGCCCCAUGGUCAUCGAGUUCUCAAACGGCGUCUGCUCAAACACCGCCAACAUCGACGCCAACAACGACCCGUUCUUCGCCCAGGUCUUCUCGCGCGACUCGGUGUGCAUCGACUCCUCCAUCGGCCUCGCCGCCGGCGAGGAAAACAUUCGCUGCUACCGCUCAGGCUGCUCCUCGGCCACGCAGGCCGUCGUCCAGGUCGGCGCAAACUGGGGCUCCUGCGCCGGUGGCGAGUCCGGCCUCACCGCCGCCGGCUUCUCAGGCUCCUGGGACUGCCCCUCUGCCGAGUGGGUCACCGCCCAGUGCGGCGCCACUGCCUCGUUCCCCACCCUCACCGCCGUCGCCCCGACUUCCAUCCAGCUCACCGGCGGCGAGAGCGUCACCCUCACUGGCUCCGGCUUUACCGCUGACAUGUACGUCGCCAUCGGCCCGGUCUCAUGCAACUCCAUCGUCCUCCUCUCCACCACAGAGGCCACAUGCACCACCGCCCCGUCAACCAUCCCCUCCUCAAUCGCCGCAAACAUUGCUACCGUCCCGCGCACCGCAGCAAUCAUCCGUGCCGACGCCUCCGCCGCCACUCUCGCCAACGCCGCCACCGUCGUCACCCCAUCGCCCGCCGUCUCCCUCCUCCCCGCCUCUACCCUCGUCAUGGCUGCCUCGCUGCUCGCCGCCCUCGCCAUGCUCUUUGCCUAA